GGCGGGCCCUCCCCUCCCCUCCCCUCCCCGUCGGCCCGGCCCAGCGCCGGAUCCCGGGUUUCCCCAGUCUGCAGCGGAGCAGCCGCCUGGGGUUUCGGGACUCGGCUGCGCUUAGGCGGACGCUAUGGCCGAGGCGCGGGACGUGUUUCUUAGAGCCCGGGGCAGGACGCUGAGCGCGUUUCGCGAAGAUGAUGAAUGUCAAUGGAAAGCCCCUUUCUACUUCAUCCAAGGAGCGGAUCCUCAGUUUGGACUGAUGAAAGCCUGGGCAAUUGGUGACUGUGACAAUGGAGGUGAUGAAUGGGAAGAGGAGAUCAAAUUAACAGAGCAAGCUGUACAAGCCAUUAACCAGUUAAAUCCCAAGCCCAAAUUCUUUGUACUGUGUGGCGACCUCAUACAUGGUAUGCCAGGAACUCAGUGGCGAAAGGAUCAAGAACAAGAUUUGAAAAAUGUCCUGAAGAACAUUGACCAAGACAUUCCAUUGGUAUUUGUCAGCGGAAAUCAUGAUAUCGGCAAUGUUCCAACACCUGAAACAAUAGAUGAUUAUUGCAAGCACUGGGGAGAUGAUUACUUCAGUUUUUGGGUUGGAGGAGUUUUCUUUCUUGUGCUUAACUCUCAGUUAUACUUUGAUUCCUCUAAGUGUUCUGAGUUAAAGCAGGCCCAAGAUGAGUGGCUUAAUGCACAACUGGCUGUAGCUGAAAAACGGAAGUGUAAACAUGUAAUAGUAUUUCAGCAUAUUCCUCUAUUUCUGCAAAACCCGGAUGAAGACCAUGACUAUUUUAACUUGGAGAAGUCUGUUCGGCACGAGCUGAUGGAAAAGUUUCAUAAAGCAGGCAUUAAAGCUGUAUUUUCUGGACACUACCAUAGGAAUGCCGGAGGGUCCUACAAGGAUCUAGAGAUGGUGGUUUCAUCAGCAAUCGGAUGUCAACUGGGAGAAGAUACCCAUGGGCUUAGAGUGGUCAUUGUCACAGCUGAGAAGAUUGUUCACAGAUACUGCAGCUUAAAUGAUCUGAGUAGCCAAGGAAUAGAAAAAGAGCUGAUGGAUUUGAUUAAGCAAAAUUAGCCAUUUUCUAACUAUGACAAGUCUCCAGUUUAUUUUUAAUUUGCAUGUUUUAUUUCACAGAUCGAAACACCAGCUCAGCAAAAACAAAAAAGCCUACCACAAGCUGAAGAUGAUUCCCAGUUGUGUAUUAUGCACCAAAAUAGUUAUCUUAACUCAUUACCAUCCUAAAUAACAAAGCAGAAAGGUAUGCAGAGAUAUUUAUACCUUUGAGGGGAAAUGAAACCAAUUAUAAUAUGAAAAAUAAUAGAAGUAAUGCUAUCGCUAUGGAUUUUGUAAUGGGAAAGAGCUAUUCUGAGGAUUAGCUACUCUAUUCCUGGAUCAAAUUUUUAUAGCUAAGUAAGCGUACCCAUGAGUAGAAGCAGUGGCUUCUGGAUGACAAACCCAACUCUAGUCCACCCUUCUGUUCUAGUGAGGCCUGCAAGAUGCAUCUCAAAAUCAUUAUACUUAAUGUUCUCUCUUACUUUCUUGGUAAUCCUCUGGAAAGUGACAAAGUACAUGUGGCAUGUUGGUAUUCAGUAUGGGCUAAUCCAAACCCUUUGAAGUCAAUGAAAGUCUUCUCUCUGACUCCAAUGAGUUUUGGAUCUCACCCUAUUUCUGCUUCCUUCCAGUUGAUGUCAUCUCCCAUCCCUAGCCUUUACUUCUGUAAUCUCUUCAGAACCACUACAGCAAUCGGAGCAAGCUGGAUUCUUCUCUGCCUAGCAAAUCACCAUUGUGGGUGCUGUAGGGGAGAGAAGACUUACAAUUUGGGUCUGCAGGAGUGGAGGUUAGAAAAGCCUGUAAAUUAAGAAAAUAUAAUAAGAAAGCCGUAAAGAGAAACAAAAUGUAGAAAAAACAUUUUACCAUUACCUUUUGGCAUUUAACCGCAAUUACAUUUGCUGUUGAGAGUUCCCUGUAAGAGCAUAUCCUCUUUAGAAAAUAGCUGACUCCUAGACAAAUGGAAAUUUAUGGAUGUCCAUAAAGAACACACAAUAUUGUAGAGACAGAUUACAUCAUUUCUAUAAGAGGAUAGUAAAAAGAUUUAGAUAUGUGAGAGACGUGCCCCUCUGUACCCCAAGUUAGUUUCACUGAAGUCUUCAAAAGCCUGUCAGGUAGUUUAUUACUUAAUUUUAACUGUGUCAGCUUUUCCAUGGAGAUGCUCCACACUACAUGUUAGGGAGGCUGAGGAGAUUCUGACAUUGGUCAGGGCUAUUCUGGCUUCUGACAGCAGAAAUUGAAUAAUUAAUUAGAGUGAAAUUUCAAAGUUGUGCUUAACACAGGGAAAUAUUUUUAUAAAUAGGCAGACAGGAAAACCAAGGUAUAGGCGGCCUCCUACACAUCCAUAGAUGCCUCCGCAGGAAUCAGUUUACUCACACAACCCAUGAAAAGCUUUCAUGGUUUAAGAAAGGUUUAGAGCAGAGAUAGGCAAACUACAGCCCAUCCUGCCUGGCCCCUGAGCUC